AUGACCUCUGGGCCAACGACGACCCAACUGGGCCGCCAGUUUUGGGGUUCCAUCCGCAGUUCCGUCACAAUCCUCGCCGCAAGACUCCCGACACGCCGACCCCUCCCAGCUCAGCCACCGUCAGUGCAGUCCUUAUUCAACACAUCACACGGCCAUAACACCCACUUCUUCCACACAGCCCGCCGAUUCUUCCAACCCCACCCCUCGCGGAUCUCGCCCAAGAAUGUCCGAAAGAGCUGUACCUCCGGCGGCCUUCUGCUGCUCGGCUUGGGCUCCAGCCCGUCCUCUACGAGUACGGUUGUGACGACUUGCACCGCAGCGGCAGACUCGGCGCUCGCUGGUAGCUCUGGACAGAGGGCGAAUCUGAGCUAUCUGGCCAAGCGAGCAUGGACUCGGAGCCGGCAAGCUAGGAGUGGGCCGGGGCGCCAGGUAGGGUCGGGAACGAGGGCGAGCAGCUCGAGGUCAAAGGGGGGUGGGGACAAGAGCAAGGUGGUUCCGCCAAAACGGGAGCCCGAGACACCUCAACAAACCCCCGCUAGGCCACCACCACCACCACCCGGGUCCCCCGAGCACGAAUCCCUGGCGGACUCGAUGUCCAAAUAUCUGCAUCUCCCGAAGAUGCCGCAUCGGCCGACAAAGGAGGAGCUGCUUGCCGCGGCCAGCGGGUUUCGACAACGCUUGAGGGUGCGGUUCAAAUGGUUCUCCAUCAGGAGCAUGAGGCCUUGGAAUGCAGACGAAUGGGGGGCGUUUGUCUCCUGGUUCUUGUUUGGGCACCUUGUGUGGAUCUUGGUCGGAACCACAACCUUUUUCUCACUCAUCAUUCUCACUAUCAACACCGUGUUUGCGCAAGAAACCCUUGCCAAGUGGAUCGGUGACUACCUCACCCAGUCGGCCGGGCUCACCGUCGUGUUCGAAUCGGCCAUCGUGCCGAAAUGGAAAGACAACGUCAUCACUUUCCGUAAUGUCUUCGUCUCUCGACGACCGGGCCAAGGGAAGUCAACUGUGAAAAAGGGAUCUUCCAACGCUGCCGCGGAAGCGGCUGCCGCAAGGAAGGCGGGUUUGGACACAGCUGUCGAGGAAGAAGACGACGGCAAUUACACGCAGUUCGACGUGACAAUCGACACGGUCAACGUCACUUUAUCAUUCAUCAAGUGGUGGAACGGCAAGGGCCUCCUGAAAGACGUCGAGGUCAAGGGCGUUCGAGGCGUGGUGGACAGGACAUCGGUUCAGUGGAGUGGUGAGGCCGUGGACCCGCUCUCGUACCGACACGAGCACAACCCAGGGGAUUUCGAGUUGGAUCAUUUUAGGAUGGAAGAUUUGUUGGUCACAAUCCACCAACCAAGCGGUUUCCGUCCGUUUUCCGUCUCCAUCUUCUCCUGCGAGCUCCCUCAACUGAGGAAGCAGUGGCUCUUCUACGACUUCCUCUCCGCGUCACACAUGUCGGGUUCGUACGACGGGUCAUUAUUUACUAUUCACCCCCGUCAAAUACACGGCAUAUCCUCUGCUAGUGAACGACGGCAGGACGAGUUCGGCGACUCAUCCGUUUGGAAGAAAUUCUCUCGGCUACGCAUAGAUGGGCUCAAGAUCGACCACCUGAACCGUGGCGUCGAGGGGCCGUUCGGCUGGAUCUACGAAGGCAACGUCGACAUCGUGGCCGACGUCAUGUUCCCAACCGACCCCGCAGAGGGCAUCGGCAAAGUCGUAGCUGACUUCUAUGACAAGAUGGAAGAAGCUGUGACAAGCAACCGCUACAUCAACAUCCUCGACAACAGCUACGACCGCAACCCCAAACCCGAAUCUGACACUAUUGACAACUCCACAUCAGGCGUUUUCAACAACCACAACGACAUCAACGCCACAAAUUACUCCUCCCCUCUCGAAGAGGCCAUCUCCACCCCGACCAGCCUCGCCGACACGACCCCCACCCCGUCCUCACCGCCCACCGAAGCGGAAGAAGAAGACGACGACGCGCCCUCGUCCUACCUGGUCAUGGACAUGCGGAUCCACCUCAACGACGUGCGGGCGGCGGUGCCGCUCUUCAACAACCCGCACAUCAGCUACGUCAACCAGGCGCUGGUGCGGCCCAUCGUGGCCUACAUCAACGCCAAGCGCACCUACAUCCCCAUCACCUGCCGCAUCGUCAAGCGCCUGCCCGACUUCGACGGCGCCUGGACCGUCUGGGACUGCGGCCUCAUGGACGACACCUCCGCCGAGGUCUAUUCGGCCUUCGCCCGCGACGUCGUCGACCAGCAGAGCCGCGUCCGCCGCUUCAAGAGGGUCGGUCUGUGGACUGUGAGCUUGGUGGUGCAUGCGCUGUUGGCGGGCGUGGCGGGGGAUUUGAUGUAG